AAUACUCAACUUCAUUAGUCAUGUCUUUUUUCACUCAAGGAUCUCCGCUAUGGCUGGUGAUUCUAGGAACGCUAUGAGCCAGGAUAUGGAGAUUGGAUGCACUCCCAAGGACCCUAAGAAGAUUCCCAAACAGGCCCGUGACUAUGUCCCUGUUGCCACAGACCGCACUCGCCUGCUGGUGGAAGGCAAGAAGCCUCGUCAGCGCUACAUGGAGAAAAGCGGCAAGUGCAAUGUACACCAUGGCAACGUCCAAGAGACCUACCGGUACCUGAGUGACCUCUUCACCACCCUGGUGGACCUCAAAUGGCGCUUCAAUCUUCUUGUCUUCACCAUGGUCUACACCAUCACUUGGCUGUUCUUUGGUUUCAUCUGGUGGCUCAUUGCUUAUAUCAGGGGUGAUCUGGAUCAUGUGGGUGAUCAAAACUGGAUUCCAUGUGUUGAAAAUCUCAGUGGCUUUGUGUCUGCUUUCCUGUUCUCCAUUGAGACCGAAACCACCAUUGGGUAUGGUUUUCGGGUCAUCACAGAGAAAUGUCCCGAAGGGAUCAUCCUCCUCUUGGUCCAAGCUAUCCUAGGUUCCAUUGUUAAUGCCUUCAUGGUGGGGUGCAUGUUUGUUAAGAUCAGUCAGCCAAAGAAGAGGGCAGAGACCCUCAUGUUUUCCAACAACGCUGUCAUCUCUAUGCGGGAUGAGAAACUCUGCCUCAUGUUCCGGGUGGGUGACCUCCGCAACUCCCACAUUGUGGAGGCCUCCAUCCGUGCCAAGCUCAUCAAAUCCCGGCAGACCAAAGAAGGGGAGUUCAUCCCCCUAAACCAGACUGACAUCAAUGUGGGCUUUGACACUGGCGAUGACCGUCUCUUCCUGGUAUCACCACUCAUCAUCUCCCACGAGAUCAACGAGAAGAGCCCAUUCUGGGAGAUGUCCCGAGCUCAGCUAGAUCAGGAAGAGUUUGAAGUUGUAGUCAUUCUAGAAGGGAUGGUGGAGGCAACAGGCAUGACUUGCCAAGCACGGAGCUCCUACAUGGAUACUGAGGUGCUUUGGGGCCAUCGAUUCACACCAGUCCUCACCUUGGAAAAGGGAUUCUAUGAGGUAGACUACAACUCCUUCCACGACACCUACGAGACCAACACUCCCAGCUGUUGUGCCAAGGAGCUGGCAGAAAUGAAGCGAGAAGGCCAACUCCUCCAAUGUCUCCCCAGCCCCCUCUUGCUGGGGGGCUGUGCUGAGGCAGGGCCAGAUGCUGAGGUUGAACAGGACAGAGAGGAUGAGCCCGAAGUGCUGAGAGGACUCCAGCAGCCCAGGGGCUCUGUGUGAGGGCUACAGUCUCCCCACAGGCUCCCUUUACUGGCUUCUAACAACACAGACUAUAGCACACAGAGGGUGAAUUAGAUGAACUGUGCUCUUUGGGAGACUCAGGAGUGUCAGGGUCUGUGGGAAGGGACAAUAUAUCCAGUUCUCGGCGCUCCCAGUACAAUAUCUCCUUGAGAAGGUGGCCUCCUUCCCUGGCAGUGCUGCCUCUUGU